CGUCAAUUAUGGCGCUGAGCGGUAGCGUCAGCGGCAAAGCGCCGGCGCGGGAGCGGCAAAAAUGUUCCGUUCCAGGCGAUUACGUCGCGUCCAUGUGUGUGCGCGAUGCCGUGGAGCAGUCGAACGGAAAGUUCCCCAGCUUCCGCGAGCCUCGCGAGAUCGGCAACUUCUCGCUCCUGGGCGAGCAGCGCGAGUACGUGGAUGGUGCCGCGCAGAUGAAGUAUCUGCGAAUGCCGAACCAACGGCAUCGACUCAUGUGGGACUUGAACCGCGGGUAUGAAGUGGCAGUGCGCAGGGACCGCUCGUUGAACGAGAGGCUGGACAACCUGCUUCGAUGGAUCCUCCGUAACAAGGACAAGUUCCUGCUGAGCUCUGCCGCGCAGCCUUCGGGCGAUCCGCCUCCCCCCUCCGAACCCCAAAGCCUACACACAGACUUUGUCUGCUACCGGGGCCUGCUGACGCGACUGGCAUGCACGGCAUACGAGGCACGUGAGGACUGGCUUCUGGCAGCGUGCCGUUUUCGAGGCAGCAUCUACCUGUGUGCCUUCGAGACAGAAUCAGAGCGCAAGCGGCGACUCGAGGAUGCAGCUGACCCCCGCCGUGACCGUAUGUCAUUCUGGGGCUACAAGUUCGAGCAGUACAUGGUCAGUGCGGAGCCCGAGGGUGUGCCCGAUGUGGACGCGGUGGUGAACGAAUGCGAGGAGUACUGCAUAGUGGUGCGAAGCCGGCUCGAGUCGCAUUCCCUCGUCUUCGGCGCUGAGGUGGAUGGCGUCGACCCUAGGGUGCACAGACAUGGUCGGCAGUCACAGCCAGGCUCUACGGGGAGCUAUGUCGAGCUCAAGACCUCACGAGAUUGCCUCUCCGAGCAGCAGUACCGAAACUUCUGCCGGUUCAAGCUGCUCAAGUGGUCGCAGUCCUUCCUGGUGGGGAUCCCACGAGUGUUGUGUGGCUUCCGUGACGACAAUGGUCUAGUAGGCACCCUCGAGGAACUCGACGUCCGUGAGAUGACCCACAGAGCCAAGGUUGCCUACUUCUCACGUUUUGGUGGCACAAAUGUGCAGGACACUGUGCGGUGCCUGUUACGAUAUCUUUUUACAAAAUCUGCCGCCCUGAAGUUCAGCUGGAAAGGUCUCGUGGGCAGAAACAAUCCUUUUCAGAGCUGCAGAAGACUGGAUAUCGCCGACAGAACAUGGACAAGUGAUGAAGUGCAAAUACUGCAACUGUGUAUGAGGCCUCAUUACACGGACCUCCUAAAGUACGCCGACUCUAAGAAGCACAAAGACUACAUUGUGCCUGCCCCACAGCAGCUCAAGCAGUUCUUGGCUCAGGAUUUAAAAAACAUGAAGAGCAUCUACUUGGACUCUGGAAAAGCAGCAUUUGCAGAACGGCUCGCGGCAAGUGCCGCGACCUGCCCAGGAGCAGACCUGCAUUAG